AUGUCCGACAAGGGAGAGAAGUCGAAGGUCGAGAAAUCGAUCUCCCAGAUUGAAGAAGUCAUUUCUGCAUCCCUACGAUCCAUGCCCACUGAAACAGGGGAUGGUACAUAUAUUAAAGAGCCCAAAACCACAGGAUUUGCCGAAGAUAUCCCUCAUCUCGAGUUGGACGAUGUUAAGACUGUGGUGAAUGUCGUCAAGGCUGGUGCGACAGGUGAGCCCGUGGAUGACAGGGAAUACAUUAUGGAACGAGUGAUUCAGAUUGCCGCCGAGCUGCCUUCAACCUCUCGAAAUGGAAAACAAUUGACAAAUGUUUUCCUCAACCAAUUAUGGAAUGACCUGGAACAUCCUCCAAUCUCCUUCAUCGGUGGUAAUGCUAAGUACCGCAAAGCUGAUGGCUCUGGGAAUAACUUGCGUUGGCCUGAACUAGGUGCUGCUGGAACCCAUUAUGCAAGAUCUGUACGGCCGAAGACUGUGCAGCCCGCCGUCUUGCCGGAGCCAGAGACUCUCUUUGACAGCCUGCUGGCCCGGAAGGAUUUCGAAGAACACCCAAACAAGAUCUCUAGUGUCCUGUUCUAUAUUGCCUCUAUUAUUAUCCACGACUUAUUCCAAACGGACCGCGACGACCCUAGUAUAACCUUGACAUCGUCAUACCUUGACCUCUCACCGCUGUAUGGUAACAACCAGGAAGAACAGAACACAAUAAGGACUUUUAAAGACGGGAAACUUAAGCCGGACUGUUUUUCCACAAAACGCGUCCUGGGCUUCCCCCCGGGUGUGGGUGUUGUGCUGAUCAUGUUCAACCGCUUCCACAAUUAUGUCGUUGAGCAAUUAGCAACGAUCAACGAAGGUGGUCGAUUCACGAAGCCAGACGAGUCUAAUCAUAAAGCGUACGGAAAGUACGACAAUGACCUCUUCCAGACUGGUCGUCUGGUGACUUGCGGUCUCUACGUCAACAUCAUUCUCAAGGACUACGUCCGUACCAUCUUGAACAUCAACCGAACGAACAGCGCUUGGAGUUUGGACCCUCGCGCUGAUAUGAAAGACGAAUUGCUUAACAAGGCAGCGGCUGAAGCAACUGGUAACCAAGUUUCCGCCGAGUUCAACCUUGUGUACAGGUGGCACUCGUGCAUUUCUGAACGAGACCAGAAAUGGACGGAGGAUCUGUACAAACGGAUCUUCCCAGACGAGAAUUCCAAGGAAAUCAGUCUGCAGAGGUUCAUGCGAGGUCUAGGUCAAUGGGAAGCGACCCUACCGGAAGAUCCCGAAAAGCGUCCGUUCGCUGACGUGCAGCGCAAAGAAGAUGGCACCUUGGAUGAUGAUGGCCUAGUGAAGAUCUUUGAAGAGAGCGUCGAGGACUGCGCUGGUAGAUUUGGCGCAUCUCAUGUCCCAACAGUUUUUAAGAGCAUUGAGGUCUUGGGUAUCAAGCAGGCCCGUUCCUGGAAUGUGGCUACCUUGAAUGAGUUUAGACAAUUCUUCAACUUGGCUCCAUACAAGACAUUCGAGGAAAUCAAUCCCGAUCCGUACAUUUCUGAACAACUUCGGAGACUGUACGACCACCCUGAUCUUGUGGAAAUGUACCCGGGUGUCAAUAUCGAAGCAGCCAAAGACGCCGUGACACCGGGUAGUGGUCUUUGUACCAACUUUACUAUCUCCCGAGCCAUUCUUUCCGACGCUGUUGCUUUAGUCCGUGGUGACCGUUUUCAUACGGUUGAUUUCACUCCGAAACAUGUCACAAAUUGGGCGUACAAUGAAAUCAAAACAGAUACAUCAAUUGAUCAGGGCCAGGUUUUCCACAAGCUUGUCUUGCGGGCGUUCCCGAACCAUUUCAAGGGCGAUUCCAUUUACGCACAUUACCCACUUGUCAUUCCGUCCGAGAACCACAAGAUCCUAAGGAAGCUUGGACAUGUUAAGCAGUACAGUUGGAAUAAACCCAGCUACACGCCUACACCUCGAAUUAUCAACUCCCAUGCUGCUUGUACCUCCAUACUGGCUGACCAGGAGGCGUUCAAGGUGACAUGGGGAAAGAAGAUUGAGUUUUUGAUGCAGAACCACAACCACCCCUAUGGAAAGGAUUUCAUGUUGUCUGGUGACAAGCAACCCAACGCUGCCUCGCGUAAGAUGAUGGGAGGCGCUCUGUACCGGGAACAGUGGGAGAGCGAAGUCAAGAAGUUCUACGAAGAAAUUACUCUGGAGCUCUUGCAUAAGUACUCAUACCAGAUUGCUGGCGUAAACCAAGUCGAUAUCGUUCGAGAUGUUGCUAAUCUUGCACAAGUGCAUUUCUGUGCAAAAGUUUUCUCACUGCCAUUGAAGACUGAUUCAAACCCAAGGGGCGUCUUUGCGGAGUCCGAACUGUACCAGAUCAUGGCAGUGGUCUUCGCCUCCAUCUUCUAUGACGCAGACGUUGCAAAGUCAUUCGAGCUUAACAAUGGCGCUCGGAUGGUGACUCAACAACUAGGAAAACUGGUAAUGACCAAUGUUGAGGCAGUUGCCAACACUGGGAUUAUUGCAAGUAUUUUGGAUCAUCUACAUCGUCACGAUGUUCUCAGUGAAUACGGCACCCAUAUGAUCCAGCACUUGCUCGACAGCAAGCUACCACCUGCUGAGAUUGUGUGGACUCACAUUCUCCCCACAGCUGGCGGGAUGGUCGCAAACCAAGGACAGUUGUUGUCGCAGUCGCUUGACUACUAUCUCUCUGGAGGCUCGGUCUAUCUGUCUGAGAUUAACCGGCUAGCAAAGGAGGAUACUCCUGAGGCUGACGAGAAACUACUGCGAUAUUUCAUGGAAGGUGCUCGACUGCAGUCGUCUGUCGCACUGCCUCGAGAGGUUGCCAAAGAAACGGUCAUCGAGGAUGGUGGCGAAAAAAUUACUCUCCAAGAGGGAGAGCAAAUAGUGUGCAACCUGGUAUCUGCAAGCAAGGACCCUGUUGCCUUUGAGGAGCCUGAGAAGGUCAAACUCGACCGUGACAUGAACGCAUACGCUCACUUUGGGUUUGGGCCUCAUCGGUGCUUGGGUCUUGGACUCACUAAAACAGCUCUCACUACCAUGCUUAAGGUCAUUGGACGGUUGGACAAUCUUCGUCGUACACCUGGAGCUCAGGGUCAUUUGCAUAAGCUUGAUGGACCUGGUGGUAUCGCGAAGUAUAUGACAGCUGAUCACAGUGGAUUCUCUCCCUUCCCAACCACGAUGAAGAUUCAGUGGGACGGUGAUCUGCCAGCUCUGAAGGACUCGUGA